UCAUCGUCCUGCUCCUAUCCAUCAUUGCAGAGCUGAGAGAAAACACAAACACUAUGGCUAUGUCGAUGGCCGUUUCAUCUCCACCUUUCAACCUCACCUUCCUUCGCCUUCGCUCUUCUCCACUUCAAUUUGUUUCUUUCACUACGAAAUUUUCUUCUUCUUCUUCUUCUUCCGCUCAACCUCUGCGCAGGGUCACUGCCAAAAUACGAAGCGUUGGAAUUGGAAGAGAAGGUGGAGGAUCCAAGCCAGAUCCGAAGGCCGGUGUCUCUUUAUACAAACCGAAAUCCUACGAAGUUCUCGUCGCGGAUGCUGCUAAUUCCCUCGCCUAUGCUAUUCAAGAUGGAAAACUUCGCCUCGAAAUCGAUUUUCCGCCCUUGCCCAGCAACGUGUCUUCUUAUAAGGGAUCUUCAGAUGAGUUCAUUGAUGCCAACAUUCAACUUGCCUUGGCGGUUGUAAGAAAGCUCCGGGAAAAAAUGGAGACCAGAGCUUGCAUAGUAUUCCCUGAUAUACCAGAGAAGCGCCGAGCCUCUCAGUUGUUCAAAGCAGCUCUGGAUUCGAUUGAUGGAAUUACCCUAGGUUCCUUAGAUGAUGUCCCUGCUGGACCUAUGACUUCGUUUUUUAGAUCUGUUAGGAACACCCUUGAUUUUGACUUUGAAGAUGACAAUGAAGGACGAUGGCAGUCUAGUGAGCCUCCGUCACUCUACAUAUUCAUUAACUGCAGCACACGUGAACUUGCCUAUAUAGAGAAGUAUGUGGAAAAUUUUGCUACAUCAACACCAACACUUUUGUUUAAUCUUGAACUAGACACACUGCGUGCUGAUUUAGGCCUUCUGGGCUUCCCCACCAAAGAUUUGCACUACCGCUUUCUUUCUCAGUUCACUCCGGUGUUUUACAUUCGAAUCAGAGAAUAUUCGAAGACAGUUGCAAUAGCACCUUACAUUGUCAAUUACAGUGGAGCUGUGUUCCGCCAGUACCCAGGUCCCUGGCAGGUGAUGCUUAAACAAGCAGAUGGUUCAUAUGCUUGCAUAGCAGAAAGUGCAACCCGCUUCACCCUUGGUGAAGCCAAAGAGGAAUUGUUGAGGGUCUUGGGACUUCAAGAAGAAGAGGGAAGUUCUCUUCAAUUUCUUCGAAGAGGCUACAAGGCAAGCACGUGGUGGGAAGAAGAUUUUGAUUUGGAAGCAUCUUCUGCAUGGCGGAGUUGAGUAGUAUACUUUUAGAGGAGAUUGUGUUUUAUAGCAUUCGCAUGCGGUGGAUGUUGAAUGCUCACGUAUAUAAUCAGGGAAGGCAUUUCCUGCAGAAGCGCCCAAUUUUUAUGUUUAAUAUUCUUUAAAUGUAAUAUUUUUCUAUUCUUUCUCUUUCAGUUUGAAACUGAUGUGGCCCAUUUCUGGCAAAGAAAUAUGAAGACUUUGUAAACUCAAUUGUAACACGUCAGUUGUGGGCAUCCACCCGCGCAUGUCAAUAGUUAGUGUGUACAAUAGUAUGGGAUACCGCAUACCCCUAGAAGAGAGGGCCGUGUAACCCUAUCUUGUGGAAUCAUGUUGCAUUUCUUAACCAUGAAAUCCGUAUUGUUUGUUUCGCCCAGUUGCAUCACAAAUACAAAGAUGAUUUUCCUUACUUGGUAGAGGAGACAGGAAGAAUGCGCAUGAAUCAUAUUGACAUAUAUUACUAGGUACCCGCAGAUGUGUAAAAAAAGGCGUGCAAUUAGAUAUUAUAUCUAAAAUUCAUAUCUUUGGAAAUUUAACAGAUGUAGAAUCGUGUUCUAGGUCAUUCAUCAAAAAAUUUUCACACCGCGUAAGCUAAGGCUGUUAGUGAUAUCAGCUGACGAAUGUGUGUAUCUUGCAAGUGCAGCUAGUGUACUAUCUGAAGGACUCGCAGUAUACAUCAAGAUUUUGCAUUUUAACAGAAAGAGGAGGAGGAUCAAUUUUCAUCUAGAUCACUGAAGUCAGGUUCUGGGGGCUUUUGGAGUUUGACCAGCUCCCUGGAACUUGAACCGCGAAGCCUAUGACCACGGAGGGCACUGGCGGCAAAGCGAGAAGCAUAGACGGUUGCACUAAGUCCGAACCUUGAAGAAGAAGAAGAAGAUGCAUUACGCGUGACCAAGGCCCUUGCAGAAUCAUCACUUCCUUCACAAUCAGAAUCAUAAAAUUCUUCUUCCUCCUUCCGGCGUUGCUCUGCAAUCUUUCUCCUGCAAUGCCGCCUCCAUGCAGCUUGGAUGUAUAUUGCAGCCCACGUUCUCCACUGCUGUGAGUAGAAACGGAAAGUGUGCUGAACCUGUCUACUGUGAAUGUGCCUAAACUGGGAAGCUACAAACUUCAACUCCUCUGCUUCCAAUGCAAAUGCCUCAACCUCAUUUAUAGCCUUCACUGUCCUUGUUGAUGAUGGCAAGUUAGCGGCAGAUUUGGGGUCCAAUGCCCAUGUUAGUAGCUCUUCUCCACAGAAGUCAUUUUCUUUCAGAAGACCUCUGUUGAAAAAUCCACUUCUUCCUCCAUCUGUAGUAACACUCUCUAGACGACCACGAAUGAUGAAGAGCAUCUCAUUAACUGGGUCCCCUUCUCUAACUAUGUAAGUGGCUUCUGUAUACAAACUAGGCUUCAAUCGCUCACAUAUAGCAUCAAGCAACCGUUCAUCCAUGUUAGCAAAGAGAGGAACCUGAAUAUAUGAUGACAUAUACACAAGACAGAUGAGAAAUGAAGACUUACAAGUGGCAGUAGCACUCAGUCAUAUAUAUGAUGACAUCUCAUAAGAAAUGUUUUUAUAUUCGUACUCACCCUUCUAACCAAAUUCAAACAAAGAUGCCGUUUGAUAUCUCUCCUUAGAUCUUUUGGUAGACUUUGAACCAAACUCUCUUCAUCUACUCCUCGAGUGUUCAGCCACUUGUAUUGGUCAUAGCGUCUCACCCUUUCCCUUAGCUCUGGAGGAAGCAAACGAUGGUGCAUCCACUGCUCAGAGUCACGUCUUUUGAUCCUCAUUUCCUCGAGACGAACUGACAUUGAUUGAAGAUAGGUCUGUCCAAUUGCACGAUAACACAAAGAUUAGAACUAAAUAACAAUUUUGUUCAAAGUACUCUCCUUUUGCUGAGAGGGGACUUGUAUGUUACAUCAUGUUAAAGCAUGAGAAUAGUUUGACUUUGACCCAUCCCUUAAUCAUAUCAAAGCUCAUAUGUCAUAUGAAUGCUUAUUUCAUUUCAAAUAAAAGAGAAGCUGAGAAGA